UUGAGUCGUGAUAAAUUAUGUGGUGGGUGGACAAAUCUGCCCCCUCAAGAACACUGUAGAAACAUGACCAUAGUAGAUGUUCUUGUGUUAUUUCAAAUGAAAAACAUUUAACGUUCGGGCAAGAUUUAAGACUCUACCAUCUGGUCAACAUCGAAGAAAAAGAAAACGCAUUUCAACCGACUUCGGCUGCUGAACAACGUUGACUACCGGUAGCUUAGCUUCACAUACAGGAAAUAAGUGGGGGUGGAUGUUGUCGUUCUCUGGGCCUCGCCGUAGUUAUUUGUAUUUUAACUGGAUAGCUACAACCUCUACCUAUGUCUACUUACACAUGGUUCUGUCUGAAAAUGACAUACAUAAUUAAGUCUAUUCAUAAAAAACCGCUUGAUGGAAUAGAAAAGGACGUCGGACGGCGUAACGUUGGACACUCGGAAGAGUAACUAGCUAGAUUGCAGCUGGUAUCAAUAUUGUUGUUGGUGAGCAGUACAAUACAAUAGUUAGCCAGCCAAUUGAGGAAGUGAUAUGUCCGUCGCUAACAAGCCCGUGUUAACUUUCAAUUGAAGAGGGGAAAACCGAACGAGCCAAUGUUAACAAAUACGUUUAUCAACUAGCUGCCUGAUUUCUACCCAUUUCGCUCAUUUAGCUAGCUAACUCAACAUAUUACAACAUAUUCAAAACUAGCUAGCACCACAAACAAAGGCUUCUGCUCAACACCUGCCACGGACUUUUAUCUCGUCGACGCUCCUGUCUUUUUAAUCAACUGUGUAUCCGGUGAAGGAAGCUGAACCAAUGGAUUUACAAACGGCUGUUUUCAACGCAGCCAGAGAUGGCAAGCUACGGUUGCUUCAGAAACUUUUGGAGAACAAAAUUGGCCACGAGGUUACCAAAUUAAUGGCAGAGAAAACAAACGGGGCGACCCCUUUGCUUAUGGCUGCCAGAUACGGACACCUGGAUUUAGUGGAGUAUCUAAUGGAGUGUUGCUCCGCACCCGUUGAGAUUGGGGGGUCAGUGAAUUUUGAUGGUGAGACUAUUGAGGGUGCCCCCCCUUUAUGGGCUGCCUCAGCAGCAGGACACCUGAAAGUCGUGCAGUCUUUACUUGGCCACGGUGCUUCUGUGAACAAUACAACACUCACCAAUUCCACCCCCCUGAGAGCAGCCUGCUUCGAUGGACAUCUGGACAUUGUGAAAUACCUGGUGGAGCACAAGGCAGACCUGGAGGUGGCAAACAGACACGGUCACACAUGCCUCAUGAUUUCGUGUUACAAAGGACACAAGGAAAUUGCCCAGUACCUCUUGGAGAAAGGUGCUGACGUUAACAGGAAAAGUGUUAAAGGUAACACGGCAUUACAUGACUGUGCUGAAUCCGGCAGCUUGGAGAUAAUGAAGAUGCUGCUAAAAUAUGGUGCCACCAUGGAGAGGGAUGGUUAUGGAAUGACCCCACUACUGUCCGCUAGUGUGACGGGCCACACUAACAUUGUUGACUAUUUGACUCAACACCAGCAAACACGCCAAUUGGAGAGAAUAAACGCCUUGGAACUGCUUGGUGCCACUUUUGUGGAUAAAAAGCGUGAUCUUCUUGGGGCAUUAAAGUACUGGAAGAGGGCCAUGGACCUGAGAUACAGGGACGGCAACAAUGUUCUCCACAAAGCAGACCCAAAGCAGUUGAUCAUGGCCUAUGACCAUGCCAGGGAGGUAAGUAAUGAGGAGGAGCUAGACAGCUUGAUCUCUGAACCAGAUGAGAUGAGGAUGCAGGCCUUGCUCAUUAGAGAGCGCAUCCUAGGCCCCUCCCACCCCGACACCUCUUACUACAUCCGCUACCGGGGUGCUGUAUAUGCCGACUCUGGGAACUUUGAGCGCUGUAUCAAUCUGUGGAAGUACGCCCUGGAUAUGCAACAGAGCAACCUGGACCCCCUCAGCCCCAUGACAGCCAGCAGCCUGCUGUCCUUCGCUGAGCUCUUCUCCUUCAUGCUCCAGGACCGUGCCAAAGGCCUGCUGGGCACCUCAGUCUCCUUCGAUGACCUCAUGGGCAUCCUCAGUAAGAGCGUGCUGGAGAUUGAGCGGGCGGUGAAACAGAACCUGCCUGACCCGGCUCAGCUCAGCAAGGCCCUUUCCAUCAUCCUGCAUCUCAUCUGCCUGCUGGAGAAGGUCCCCUGCACCGUGGAGCAGGACCACUUGAAGAAGGAGACCAUCUACAGGUUCCUCAAGCUGCAGCCCUGUGGGAAGAAUGGCUACAGCCCACUCCACCUGGCCGUGGACAGGAACACCACCUGCGUGGGGCGCUACCCUGUCUGUAAGUUCCCCUCUUUCUACGUCACCUCUAUCCUACUGGAGUGUGGGGCGGACGUUAACUUCCGCGACGAGGACAACAACAGCCCCUUGCAUGUGGCCGCCUCCAACAACCACCCGGACAUCAUGAACCUGCUGAUCGCCUGCGGAACUCACUUUGACAGCACCAACUCCCUGAAGCAGAUGGCCUGCGACCUGCUGGAUGAGAAGGAGAUGGCCAAGAACCUGAUCCAACCCAUCAACCACACCACCCUGCAGUGUCUGUCUGCGCGGGCCAUUAUCAAACACAGCCUUUCCUACAGAGGCAACAUCCCAGAGAAGCUGGAGGCCUUUGUGCUUCUCCACAGAUAAUGACUAUUAAAGACGUGUGAGUGGAGCGCGAUCCUGCUCUUUUGAUUGUAUUGAAGUCGAGGAUGAACAUCGCGUGAACAACUUCACUUUCCCCCCCUACAAAGCCAGAGUUAAAGCUCUGUGGAAAAUCAAUGGGGAUUUUUGUAAUAUGGGCAUGCACAAUAUUUUGAACCGAGCUAGAGUUUUGCUUUCUAAUAUCUACAUAUUCCAUGCUAUUUAUUAAGAUAUCAUUGAGAGAUUUCUCUGUGACCCCUCCACUUUGUGUUUCUCUAUUUGCAAAGAUGCAGGAAUAUGUUGAGUCAUUUUUACAUCACCAUGGUUCCAAUUCUGACCUUUUCUUUAACUAAUUGGUCUUUUGAUCAAUCAGAUCAGCUCUGAAAAAGAUCUGAUGCGAUUGAUCAAAAGACCAAUUAGUGGACAAAAAUGUCAGAAUUGGGUUGCCUGUGUAAAUGCAGCCAAUGUUGCCAAUAUAUGGACCCUCUACAUUUCAUUGUACGUUCUUUAUGCUCUCAUUCAAUGGUAAUGUUUUCAGGGUUUUGGGUCUGGAGUUGAGUAAUGGACUAAUUUCUCGAUCAAAACCAUAAAGAUGCUUCAUGAAGUGGUCAUGUUUGCAAAUACCAUAAGUGCUUUAUUCCUCCUAUGCACAGGCUAUGAUAUGCGACUGUUCUGUGCGGUGUCUUGCAUUUUUUUGUGGUAACUCCCCUGUUCAUCUUUCCCUAAUUUGUUACACUAAGCAGAGGGAUGUGAUGUGACAAUUGCUGAAUGCUGUUAGUGGUGGGGGUUGGGUGAUUUCAUGUGCUAACUGUUAAAGGUUAUUAAGUGCUGAAGUUGAGUAGGAAUGUAUGCAACCCUCAUGCUUCAUAUCAUUGACCUUUGAACCUGAUUCUUCUAUGGUGAUCUGAGCACUAAAGCAACAUGGUUAGUUGGAAACUAAUAUGACUGUGCAUGUAGUUAGAAUUCACAGGAAACCCCUCGACAUCUGAGUUUUGAAUGGCAUAUCAUUCAAUUAUUGCAUAAACGCUUUAGAGCUCUGACGAACCCAAACGUAUAACCUUUAUAUUCAUCCAAUUGCAUUAUAAUUGGAAAGAGGGAAGGCCUUGUACAGUGUCUGAGCUUUGUGAAGUAACCUUGCACAUUAGCUUUAUUCAUGUGGUUUAAAAAAGGGCUGAACUUAAUAUUUUUAGGAAUAGAUUUCGCUAAGUACAGAACCAUACAAAGGAACCAUACCAGGGAACUUGCUUUAAUUCUGCACUUUAUUACAGACUGUAAGAUUCCAAUGACAAAAUUCCAAUGAUCAAUUUCAUGUCUUAAGAACUAAUUUGACAAUAAACCCAUGUUGAACUUGU